AUGCUCGCCCCCCUCGUGGCCCUCGUGCUGGCCGGCACGGCGGCAGCUAUCCCCGCGUCGGAGAUAUUCGGCGGCGGCGGCGGCGUGUGGCGGCGGCAGACGUGCUCGGUAGCGGCCAGCUACCCGACGGUCAACGAGCGGCAGCUGCCGGACCCGUGGAAGCUCUCGAGCAGCGGCAAGGCGGUGGCGUCCGAGGCCGAGUGGGGGUGCCGGCAGGACGAGAUGAGCCGGCAGCUGCAGCAGUACGUGCUGGGCGACCUGCCGCCGCCGCCCAGCUCCCUGACGGCGUCGGUGUCGGGCACCACCAUGAGCAUCACGAUCAAGGUGGGCAGCAACACCAAGACCCUUUCCGUGGGCUUCACCCGCCCGUCCGGCGCCGGGACGACGGGAGGCGCCGCCAUAAUCGGCAUCGGCGGCAUCUCCAUCCCCGUGCCAGCGGGCCUGGGCCGCAUCAACUUUGGCAACGACGCGUGCGCGGCGCAGGCCAACCCGCGCAGCCACGGCACCGGCUGGUUCUUCGACCUACACGGGCGCGACCACAGCGCGGGAGCCACGACGGCGUGGGCCUGGUGCGUGGGCCGCAUCGUGGACGCGCUCGAGAAGGUGGGCGCCUCCGCCACGGGCAUCGACCCCACCCGGCUGGGCGUCACGGGGUGCAGCCGCAACGGCAAGGGCGCCUUCGUGGUCGGGGCGCUCGAGCGGCGCAUCGCCCUCACGAUCCCGCAGGAGUCCGGGUCCGGCGGCGCGGCGUGCUGGCGCGUGUCCGACUCGGAGAAGGCCAAGGGGAAGAACAUCCAGACGGCGUCGCAGAUCGUGGGCGAGAACGCGUGGUUCUCGCCCAGGUUCAACCAGUACACGAGCAAGACGACCGCCAUCCCGGCCGACCACCACUUCCUGGCGGCCCUGGUGGCGCCCAGGGGCCUGUUCUCGAUCGAGAACGACAUCGACUGGCUCGGCCCCGUCAGCACGACGACGUGCAUGAAGGCCGGGCGGCAGAUCUACGCCGGGCUCGGGGUGGCGCAGAACAUGGGCUUCUCGCUCGUGGGCGGGCACCAGCACUGCCAGUUCCCGUCGGCGACGACGGCCGACCUCAACUCGUACAUCAACGCGUUCCUGCUCCGCACCAGCGCCACCACCAGCAACGUCGAGACGUCAAAGGCCACCGUCAACAUGAACGACUGGGUCAGCAACUGGUCCGCGAGCCCCAAGCUGAAGCUGUCGUAUCCUGCGAAAUAG